AUGACUCCACAGAGCAGUCUUCAUAUCACAGGGAGCCUGGUGGCGGCCCAGCCCUUUGUUUCCACAUUAAGGCCGGUGCUGGUCAAUUUAGGAAAAAGGCAGAAGAAUGAGACGGUGGAGCUGAUAGUGACCCUGGACACAAUAGAACGAAGCCCUGCCCAGUGCUGUGCCUCCCUCACAUUUUUGAGAGUUGACCAAGAUAAAGACAAGAAUUGUAGCUUGGACUGUGCGGGCUCUCCUCAAAAACCUCUCUGCGCUUCUGACGGAAGAACCUUCUUGUCUCGCUGCGAGUUUCAACGUGCCAAGUGUAAGGACCCCCAGCUAGAGAUCGCAUACCGAGGAAACUGCAAAGAUGUGUCCAGGUGUGUGGCCGAGAGGAAGUACACCCAGGAGCAAGCUCGGAAGGAGUUCCAGCAGGUGUUCAUUCCCGAGUGCAAUGAUGACGGCACCUACAGCCAGGUCCAAUGCCACAGUUACACAGGAUACUGCUGGUGUGUCACACCCAACGGAAGGCCCAUCAGCGGCACGGCCGUGGCCCACAAGACGCCCAGGUGUCCUGGGUCUGUGAAUGAGAAGCUGCCACCGCGAGAAGGCGCAGGAAGAGCAGAUGACACAGCCAUGCCUGUGCUGGAGACUCAGCCCCAAGGAGAUGAAGAAGAUAUCGCGUCACGUUAUCCCACGCUUUGGACUGAGCAAGUGAAGAGUCGGCAGAACAAAACCAACAAAAAUUCAGUGUCGUCAUGUGAUCAGGAGCACCAGUCGGCUCUGGAAGAGGCCAAGCAGCCAAAGAAUGACAACGUGGUGAUUCCGGAAUGCGCUCACGGAGGGCUCUACAAGCCUGUGCAGUGCCAUCCAUCCACCGGCUACUGCUGGUGUGUGCUGGUGGACACGGGCCGUCCCAUUCCUGGCACAUCGACGAGGUACGAACAGCCGAAAUGUGACAACACAGCCAGGGCCCACCCAACCAAAGCGAGGGACCUGUACAAGAACCGCCAGCUCCAAGGAUGUCCCGGUGCCAAGAAGCACGAAUUCCUCACCAGUGUCCUAGAUGCACUGUCGACGGACAUGGUCCAUGCUGUGUCUGACCCGUCCUCAUCUUCCAGCAGGCUUUCAGAACCUGACCCCAGUCACACCCUGGAAGAGAGAGUGGUCCACUGGUAUUUCAAACUGCUCGACAAAAAUUCCAGCGGCGAUAUUGGCAAAAAAGAAAUUAAGCCCUUCAAGAGGCUCCUGCGGAAAAAAUCAAAACCCAAAAAGUGCGUGAAGAAGUUUGUUGAGUACUGCGACGUGAAUAAUGACAAGUCCAUCACCAUCCAGGAAUUAAUGGGCUGUCUGGGGGUGACCAAGGAGGAAGCCAAAGGGAACACCAAGAAACGUCACACGCCUAGAAGAAAUGCAGAAAGCAGUGUGAAUAGACAGGUUGCCAAUGCCUACAACGUUGUCCUUAGGCGUCCUAAACUUGAUGACGAAAAUGAACCAUCCAAUACGGGGACUUCUCAGAUCUAA